AUUUUUAAAUAUUCUAAUAAAAUACUAUUUUUUACCAUAAUAAUUUUAGGUUCUUUACUAGUAUUAAGAUCAAAUAAUUGAUUAAGAAUUUGAAUAGGGUUAGAAAUUAAUCUAAUAUCUUUUAUUCCGUUAAUACUAAAUUCUAAAAACAGAUCACUCUCAGAAGGAUGUAUAAUAUAUUUUUUAAUCCAAACUAUUAGCUCAAUUUUAUUAUUAUUUUCUAUUUUAAUUAAGCCUGCGCAAAUUAUUAUAUUAAUAAAUAUAACUCAAAAUAUUAUUAUUGUAAGAAUAAUGAUAAAAUUAGGCUUACCUCCAUUUCACUAUUGAUUCGUAUUUGUAAUAAAAAAAGUAGAAUGAUAUUCCUGCUUAACUCUUAUAACCUGACAAAAAAUUGCCCCCUUAACAAUUUUAUCGUACAUAGACUUCAAUAUCAUCAUUGCAUUUAUUGCCUCCAUUGUAGCAAAUAUUACUGCCAUUAAUCAAACAGAUUUACGAAAAAUUAUAGCCCUAUCAUCUAUUAAUCAUUUAGGAUGAAUAUUAACUUGCAUAAAAGAAAGUAACACAUGAAUAAUUUACUUAUUAUUUUAUUCUUUAAUGUCAGCAUCCUUAUUAAUCUUUCUUAAAAAAAAGAAAAUCCUUUUUAUUAAUCAAAUAAAUAAACUAAACAACAAUAGUGAUAAACUAACUUUAUCUAUAUUAAUAAUAAGAAUAGCAGGAUUACCCCCCUUUAUUGGGUUUAUGCCUAAAUGAAUAGCAAUUCAAUAUAUAAUAAUAAAUAUGAAUAUUUUAUUAGCAUAUCUUAUAGUAAUAAUAUCCUUAAUUGCAGUAUUUUAUUAUUUACGCAUAAUUAACGCAACUUUAAUGCAAAAUUCCUGUAAAAAUAAAUGAACUUUAAACCAAAGAAAAUCAUACAGAUCACUCAUAUUAGCAUGUAAUUUAUUAUUGCCCAUCUCAAUUUUUCUAAUUAAUUAA